GUAUUGAGUGGUGGGGGGUGUCACGUGAGCAAGUUCCCCGCCCCUCUCCGUAAAAGCCGGCGCUCCCCUCGUGUGCAAACGACGCCACAGCGCCACAGCGAAGUGGGUUGUGUUCGGUUCCGUCCAGCUGGAGGAGGGGGGGGGGGACCUUUUGGCGUGGACGACGGCUUCCAGAGAGGGGGCGGGGACGCAGCGCCCUCGUCUGGACCAGACCCGACUGCGACCGCGGAGGGGCCGGUGACAUGGUUCGGGUAGAACUGUGAAGCCGCGCUCUCGCGUCCGUGCCGAGAUGGAGAGGUCGGAGCAGGAGAGCGACGCCGAGCCUCCCAUGCACAGCGUGCACGGCGCCAAUCGGGCUCGUCCGUCGUCCUACCGGGCCCUGCGCAGCGCCGUGUCCAGCCUGGCCCGUUUGGACGACUUCACCUGCGAGAAGAUAGGCGCCGGGUUCUUCUCCGAAGUGUUCAAGGUGCAGCAUCGCGUGUCGGGCCAGGUGAUGGCGCUGAAAAUGAACAUCCUCGCCAGCAACCGGGCCAACAUGCUCAGGGAGGUCCAGCUCAUGAACAGACUGUCACACCCGAACAUCCUCAGGUUUAUCGGCGUGUGCGUCCACGAGGGGCAACUCCAUGCGCUCACCGAGUACAUCAACGGCGGCAACCUGGAGCAGCUGCUGGACAGCGACGUGCACCUGUCGUGGGGCGCGCGGCGCGCCCUGGCGCUGGACAUCGCCCGCGGCCUGCGCUACCUGCACGCCAAGGGCAUCUUCCACCGCGACCUCACUUCCAAGAACUGCCUGGUGCGCUGGGAAGGCGGCGUGUGCUCCGCCGUGGUGGGAGACUUCGGCUUGGCGGAGAAAAUCCCGGCUUACAGCGAAGAAGCGGACCAGGAGCCUUUGGCCGUGGUGGGCUCCCCCUACUGGAUGGCUCCGGAGGUGCUUCGCGGUGAGCUGUACAAUGAAAAGGUGGACGUGUUUGCGUACGGCAUAAUCCUGUGUGAAGUCAUUGCAAGGAUACAGGCGGACCCUGACAUCUUACCACGCACUGAGGACUUUGGUCUGCACGUGGAGGCCUUCACGCAGAUGGUCGGCGAUUGCCCGGCAAACUUCCUGAAUCUGGCCAUCGUCUGCUGUAAUAUGAGGGCCGAGGAGCGGCCGUCCUUCUCCCAGAUCGCCGCUGACCUGGAGCGGACGCGGCGGGAAGACGAGCCGGCGGUCGCCGAGUGGUCACCGCUUGCCGGCCCCCCGGGGAGGCGCUCUUCGGGUCCGCCGUCAGACCCCCGCCUCUCCCGGAGCAAAUCGGACAUGCUGCGCCUUGCCGCCGUCCCCUCGCCGCCGCCCACGCGGGUCAACCCCUUCUCCCGGCGCGAUGACCUGAAAGGAGGCAAGAUCAAACUGUACGAUACCCCCAGCAAGUCGGUCAUAUCUCUCACUUUCGCGCUGCCGCCGCCGCCCGACUCCCGCCGCGGCGAUCUGCCCCUCGGGCGUCUUCGCCGCAGCCAUUCCCUCCCGUGCACGCUGCCCGCCGCCCCGCCGCCCCACCUGUGCGACUGCGAGAUGCACGGCGGGGGCGACUCGGGGCUCCCCUUGUCCCUCGAGCCCCUCUCUCUGGACCAAGAGAAGGGCGAGGUUGUGCCUAUGGACUGCACCAGCUCACCAGAUACUCUGGAUGGCUCUUCUUCGUCGUCUUAUUCCAAACUCUCCUCCCCUCCAGCCGACGCCUCCACCCCCUCGCAAUCCUCCUCGGGGCCCUUUGUCAACGGGUGGUCCCAGCUGUCUCACCUGGACAAUAGCAAAGUGGUCCUCAGCGGCCCUAUGGGCUGGAGCGCCGCCCCCGCAGGCGCGAACAACAACGGUUGCCACUCCCCCCCCAGCGAGCCCGACGCGCAGUCCCCGGACCAGGACGAGGUCCUCUCGUGUCCGGGGUGCUGUCUGGCGAGCCUGCGCUUCUCCUCGGCGUGCCUCCGGACGCCGCAGAGGAACGCGUACAAGAACCUGAACGGGGACCAGGCCGCGUCGCGUGGGCUGCUGAGUCCCAAGAGCCUGCCGCCCUCUCCCACGCCGGCCGCCGCCCACCUGGGGCCCAAAUAAAUCCCGCCCGAGUGAAAGCCACCUUUUUACAAUUUGCACAGAUUAUAACGCAGCAAUACACAUUGGAAUGCGGCACGGGGUGGAGACCUUCGGGUCGAGUUCUGGACACGUGUGGGGGGAAAAACAAGCUGGUGAAUUGAGAAAAUAUUCCUGAUUGCAGACUUUCCAUGGGAAUUCAGGGACAUUUAUGAAUAGUAUCAUAUUCAAGCAUAGGUAAACAAACAAUCUAUGCAAAAUCAAUUUGCUCUCCUUGGCCACAUGCAAGUUGAAUCUUUUUUUUUUUUUUUGGCAUCAAAUGCAUUCAUAGCUGGCUCAUAACCUCACAUUUUUGCGUACACCACAAAGCAAAAAAUCAACCUAACCACUGCUGAUAGGUUGAAAAAUUCAUAUGUCGCAGCACUUGGCGGGCGAGGUGUUUUUCCUCACCUAUAUUUACAUUUCCUUUUUAAGAGCUGGCUUUUUUUUUUUUUUUUAAAUAAUAAUACUGAUUUAUUGCCCCAAAUUCCCAUGGAAGGUUUGAAUGAGUUUUACAGUCCUGUGAAAGUCUGCGAAUUUGCCACAAAAUGGUGGCGGACCCCUACUUUUGUCCAAAUGGAGUUACUCAACUCAUCAGCGUAGUUCAUUGGCAGAAGAUUGGACCCCCCCCCCCCAAAAAAAAAAAAAAAAAAAAAACAGGUUUACCGCUUUGGCGAAUUUACAAACACCCCGCUGCGCAUAUGAGGAUUGCCCCGACCCCCCCCCGCCCCCCCCCCCCCCAAGUCUUGGGAUCUUCUCUGGGGUUUCACUUCCCCCGGCACCCUCUGCUGGGUUGAGGGUGCCCCCUUCCUCGCCGGCCCGCGUGGACAUAACGCCCGCCGCGUUACACACGCGUCCAGUCCAGCAUGCAGAGGUCGUCACGUGACGCAAAACCACCGAUUUCCACGAGGAAUGUUAAGCUUAGUAUUAUUGUUUCAACGAUCCUGUUUUUUGGGAUGUUUGGUGCUGUUAAGUCUUAAGUUGAAUAGUGCAAUGUGCGUGCGUGCGUGCGUGUGUGCCGUCUGUUUAGGCUACCUUUGUUGCCGUCCUGUCUGCGUUGGUGCUUGGGGUUGGCACUUAAAGCACUUCAACUGAAUUCCUGCUGUUAUUGAAACGUUCAAGGGAAUGAACGGUCUGAGACCUGCUUACAAGCUCUUCUUAUUUAAUAUUGAAUUAAAAAAAAAAAAAAUGCUGACUGCA